UCACAUACAUACAUACAUGCAUGUUUACAUAUGUAUGUACAUAAUAUAUACACCGAUUGUAAGGAGGAAGCUCUGAGCCAUGGCAUUCUAUGACACAUGGCCUAAGCUGGCACCAUUAGUUGUGCUUAUUAUACUAAUGGUAAUCGUAGUGGUGGCACAUUUAUGGCAAAUCGUAUUGGCCAAACGCCAGCAACUGGUGUGUCUGGGUGCCACGAUGGUGCCCGAGGAGCUGCGUGGCAUUAUACCGCCCGAGAUAUUCUAUCGCGCACGCAUCUAUGAGCUGCACAAAAUGGAGCUGCGCAUGUGGAAAUAUUUUGUGGACAUAAUACUCACCUUGAUAGAGCUGUUCUUUGGCUUCUAUCCGUUUGUGUGGAAUCUAGCGGUGCUUACACUGAAACCAUUGAGUGGCGCCGAGAUCUGGGUUAGCGUCAUCUUUGUGUUUUACAUGAGCAUCUACAUAACGGUGCGUUGUCUGCCCGUGCUGCUCUAUGACAAGUGCAUCCUGGAGGUGCGCUAUGGCACCAGAUCCAGUAUGCCGACGUAUUGCUAUUGCCUGCUGGGCUUAUUGGCUGUGGUGCUGGCCCAAUUUCUGCUGGGGCCGCUAACUAUGCUGGUGGUGCUGUCGGUGGAACUGCUUGGCUGGUGGUUCUUCAUGUGGUACUACCUGGCCUGGGCGGUGCUGACCAUACUCAUGAUCUUCUUGCUGCCCUACGUGUGCAUACCCUGCGUGGGUGUGCAGCGCCGUUUGCAACCUGGACCACUGUACAAUGAAGUUAAGGUUGUCUGCGAUAUGGUGGGCUUUCCUAUGAAACGCGUCUUUAUCAUACGCACACGCACCACGCAGUAUAGCAAUGCCUAUUUCUAUGGCAGCUGCUGUCUCAAGCGCAUUGUCAUCUUCGAUACGCUGCUGCUGAACAAGGGACUGAGUGCCAGCGAGCUGAAGCCCUUUGAAGUGGGCCGUGGCUUGACCAACAUACAGGUGGCUGCUGUGGUGGCGCACGAGCUGGGACAUUGGCGCAAGGGACACUUCUACAAGGCUACGUUCAUCAUGAAGAUACAUUUACUGCUGACCAUGCUGAUCUUUGGAGUGCUGUUCCAUUGCAAGCAAAUCUAUGAGGCCAUUGGCUUUGAGCCUGGCCUUUGUCCCAUCGUUGUGGGUUUUAUUAUUGUCAUGCGCAUAGCUAUGAUACCCUAUCUGACGCUGGCCAACUUUUUUAUACUGUGGAAUCUGCGACGCUUUGAAUACUCUGCUGAUCGCUUUGCGCAUAUGUUGGGCUAUUCGCUGUCGCUGCGCUCAGCGCUGGUGAAGAUCUAUGCAGAUCAUAUGAGUUUCCCUGUCUACGAUACGUGCUAUGCGCGCUGGAAUCAUACGCAUCCGACCAUCUUGCAGCGUUUGGAGUAUCAGGAACGUCUGGAUCAGAAGUAGGCAGCUUUUAAAUUUAAAGUCACAUUUUUUUUAGGCUGUCAGUGUAACAAUUUUAUACAUUCAUAAGGCUAAGCUUUUUGUUUAUUUCG